AUGUCAGUUUUGCUUAGUAACCAGAAUGUUCAACGCUACCUAUCCCAAAAGAUUGUAUUUACCUUAACUUGCUAAAAAGCUGCCAAUUUUUCUUAUGUCCACAUGAUGGAGUUAUACAUAUAAUGUAAUAUCAUCACAAGACAAACUUGAGUUAUUUCAUAAGAAUUUUAAUUCAUUACAAAUUUGUUUUUGAAUUCUGGAAAUUCUGAAUUAGGUGAUUUAGGUCUACCCAGGUAUUGCGAUCACUCUAAUCAUUUAUGAUUAUCUUCCUUGUAUAUAAUAUUAUAAUAUACAUUGAUAAAUAUGACAGUUACAGUCAUGGUAAUGGCAUGUGGUAUUUCCAUACUUUCAGAUAUGUUGGAGUUAGUGGAAAGAAAGUACUUCCGUAAUGGGUGUCCAGUUGAGUCCAUGAUUGCAUUAUCAGCCAAAGAAUUUCGUCUGGCUGGGGAAAUUAUGAUCAUGUCAAUUUUACAAGGUGGCCCAGCUCCCAAUUUCUUGCUACCCUAGACAUAUUCUUAUAUUAGCAAGGAAUCUUUGUGUCCUGAUGUUAAUACUGACAUAUUGACCAAAACCAUAGCAAACAAGGUCAGUGGACAAUAUUACAAAUUACGAAUUUAUUAAUUCGUCCCCAACAUAGUCUGCGACGGCAGACUGAUCUCAGCCCGCCCGCCCCCCCCCCUGGAGCGGCUGUGAAAUAGUAGGGGGGGGGGGGGUCAGCUGAGAUCAGUCUGCUAUCACAGACUAUCCACAAUGGGAAUUUUCAGAGAUAAUUAACAAAUAAAAUUAAUUCUAAGUUCUAAAGCAAGAAAAAUUUAACUGACCCAUUUUACAUCAAUGACUAAUUAGUGAGAAACUAAAUUAAUGCAAAAGUUGUUUCUUAAGACAACGUUUAAAUCCUGAAAUAGAAGUACAGGGCGGUAUGCAGGUUUUACAUGCGUAUACAGGACCUACCUCAAUUUAGGGGCUGAGGUCUGUUGUAUCUCCAAAUAACCAAUCUAAUUUGUGUGCACAUCUUUGGGUGUGCAUGUGGAAUUAGCCAAUAUAAAUGGUGCAUCUCGGUAUUGAAUUAAUUAAGUGGCAAAACUCAUAAAGUUAAGUUAUAAGGAGAGCUCAGUACUUACAGCCUGUGCAGAAUACUUUUGAAUUUGCGGUUGUGGUUGCAACUGCAACUGCAACAAAGUUAAGUCUCACAUAUGUUUGUGGCAUAUAGUACGAGGUAUUUGAGGCAUUUUUAAAAUUAUGUAUAACUACCCUGCUUACAUUACAAUGUUGAGUGUUGCCGACUGGCUGUGUGUGAUAAUGAAGCUAAGGUCAAUUUUGUCAAUAUUGCACGGAAUAAGCAUGAUCUGAAAUCCUAUUGUUCAUGCUGAAAUCCCCUUGUUCAUGAUUCUGAAAUCACCUUGUUCAUGCUCAUAUUCAACUAAUGAUGCAAUUUUUGUAUCUUGCAGCUUGCUAGUGCAAAAUUAACAGAUGGAGAAGUUCAAGCACUUCUUAUCGAAGACGAUGGUUUAGAUGUUUUAAUGCGAAUUGGAUACAGAGGAGUUCCGCAAAGGGAAACAGUGUCAUCCUCAAAGGAUAUCAUUAGGUACUGCAAUUGACACUAUAUGUGCUUGAGAACAGUUUUGUUUAGUACUGUAUUACAUUGUAUAUUUACUGUAGUGGGUACAAUAGAUACUGGGUGCUUGAAUUCUGCAUCAGAAGUUAAGACUGGGCCACUUCAAACGAAGGCUAGACUAAGCCUAGGCCUCUUAGUACGCCUAUUUCGCGUUUCUGCAUAUUAAUGAAGUGACGUCGCAAAAAUCAAAGGCGUGCACAGAGGACUAGGGACUAGUCUGGGCUCGACUGUACUGUAAUUGAAAUCUCAAGUAUCUUGAAAGGAAUCCUGAGAGAGUCCUUGGUCUGUUUUACAAAUCUUCAGUCGUUACAGAAUAAUUAAUAGUAAAAUACCAAUAAAUUUCAUAACUUGUCACCUGUAACUACUAUCAGUCUUUCAUUUUUCCUCUGCUCGUUCAGUUCAUGCAAAGUAACCUACUAUAUUAUACUGUUGACGUUUUUUUAGAGUACUGGAAUCAAAUUUAAUCUGACCAGUAUUUAAAAAUUGCAUGUAUUAUGCACCUCCAGACUUUUGGAUACUAUUUUCGUCAGGGAAAAUUAAAAAAAAAUUCAAAACUAUAAAAUAGUUCCAUUUAUGGUUCAUUGUUGCAAAUUCCCACUUGUCAAACUGCUGUGUUUAUGACCUCAUAAAAAUUUGAGGAUUUUUUCUUCUCGGUAUGUUUAUCCCUAAUGUUAUGUAUAUUAUUGUUUCUGUUUAAUUGUCUUUCACUAAACAGAGAUUUUAAUUUCAGGUCUACUUGUAUAAAUGACCAAUUUUCUACCGUAUUGUCACAGCUGAUGCAGCUGGAAGAAGGCCUUUCAUCAUGUGGUCUGCUCGAAUCCGUCCACAUAUUUCCUGAAGUUUGGAAACCGAUCUUUACUCCCAGCAAUCAGUUCCAACUAACUGGUGACCAACUAUUGGACGAAGCAACAGGAGAUUAUAGCUCAUCUCAGAUUCUUAAAGCUUUAGAAAUUAACACAUAUAAAGUGUUUUUUGAUGUUAUCCAGGAUUUAUAUGAAGAAGGUUAG